CAGAAAAUGGCAUUAUUCUAUGAAGCAACUACAAGUGGCCUCAAUUUCGACCGUUUUACCGAAGAUUUAUUUGGGGAUUCAACGAAAUUGCGUAUGAAACAAGCUUUUUGGUCAGCAAAACAAUUAUUGAGGGAAAAAAUGGGAAAACGUGAAGAUGAACAUAUUUUGGCUGCAGAUGCUGAAUUGGAUUUAAAUUUACAACAAUUUUAUCAAAUUAAGGAAAGCACAAAAAGGCUUCUGGAUUCUAAGAGUAAACUACAUAGAGAGGAAUUUUAUGAGAGAGCUGUGUUAGAUUGUGCUCAAUCUGUUGAGGCAGUAGAAAAAGCAAGAUUGGAUUAUAGAGGUUCUUUAUUAUGGAUGAAAAAAUGUAGCGAUGCUUUAGAUCCAGAAUUGAGAGAUUCUAAUGGACUGGAGGAUUUCCGAACUGUUCAAAAUGUUGUAAAAACAAAUAAGCAAAAAUUCGAUUUUCUAAAAGAAGAUAUUACAGUUAAAGUUGAUACAUUGAAGAAGGCUAGAAUAAAAUUAUUUGAUGAAAUUUUGAAUGAUUACAAGUCUGUCCUUUUUAAAUUUUAUGAAAAAACGGCUGAUGAAUUUACUGCUUGUACCGAAGAAAUGGCUGGAUUAGAAUCUUAUGAAAUUGACGUUCUUAAAAUUUUAAAUGAUCCAAUAAAAGUUGCAGAAGAAAAACAAAAAGAAAGAAAAGAAGAAAUUGAAGGAAAAUAUUCUAAUUGGAAAUUUUCGUCUAGUGAAAGAAUACCUAAAAAUCAGUUAAAUUGUAGAAGAAGAAUGGAGUCAGAAAAUAAUGAAAGUUUAAUUGAAUUAGACGAUGUUGGAGAGGAAACUGAAGUUUGUGAACCCGCAAUGGAUAGAAUUCGUGAUUUAUUUCGUUUUGAUGACGAAAAAGAUGAAGAAGAAAAUGACGGUUUUGAUAAUAUUGAAUUAAAUUUGGUUGAACCUCCAAAAUUAAAUUUAUUAAAACAUUCAAAUGAAAUUGGUUUAUUAUCAUUUAAUGACGAAGAAGAAGAAAAUUUGGAAUUUGAGGAACCAAAAAGUGGAUCUUCUAAACAAAAAUGCAAAAAGAGCACUGAUCUAUUGUUAGAACUUGAGAAGACUUUAACAAAAGAAGAGCCUAAUAAUGAUUUUUUAAAAUCUUUUUCAAAUAAAAAUGGGGAGUGUAGUAGCAACAAAAAUAAAAAUGAAGAUAAUGGUUUUUUAAAUUAA